CAAAGAACUCCGUUAAUAUAAGAUUUUUUGGAAGAUGCCCAAAAACAAAGUCGUGCUGUAUAAACUCAUCACGUUCUGUUAUCUUUCUCUUUUAUUUUUCAUCAUUUCACUAUGGCAGCCAGAAGAAACUCGAAUACACAACUGCUUGAUGAGCUAGAAGAGCUUACUCAGUCUCUAUACCAGACUCAUACUGCUACGAAUCGAAGAACUGCCUCCCUUGCGCUUCCUAGAAAUGCAGUUCCAUCUAUUCCAUCUAUUGAUGAGGCUGAUGCAGCAGCAGAUGAGGAGAAGUUCAAUCCAAAGCCGCGGUCUAGGCGCAUGUCCUUGUCUCCCUGGAGGUCUCGUCCCAAGGCUGAGCUGGACGUUGAUAAUAAAAUACAGUCUAAAGCUGGGAAUAAGAAGGAACUCAAGAAGAUUGAUGAUAAGAGUACAGAAAAGAAAGGGCUGUGGAAUUGGAAGCCGAUUCGAGCUCUGAGCCAUAUUGGCAUGCAGAAGUUGAGUUGCUUGUUCUCUAUUGAAGUUGUGACUGUUCAAGGCCUUCCUGCCUCGAUGAAUGGUCUCCGUCUUGCUGUUUGUGUUAGAAAGAAAGAGACCAAGGAUGGAACAGUUCAGACAAUGCCAUCCAGGGUAUCACAGGGAGCUGCUGAUUUUGAAGAGACGCUUUUUGUUCGGUGUCAUGUGUACUGCUCAUCUGCUGGUGGCACUCAGAAAUUUGAGCCAAGGCCUUUUGUGAUCUAUGUUCUGGCAAUUGAUGCCAAAGAGCUGGACUUUGGAAAAACAUCUGUGGAUGUGGGAGAUUUGAUACAGGAAUCUGUGGAGAAGAAUUUUGGGGGCGAGAGGGUACGACAGUGGGACACGAGUUUUAGUCUCACAGGGAAGGCUAAAGGAGGAGAACUUGUUCUGAAAUUGGGAUUUCAGAUUAUGGAGAAAGAUGGAGGAAGUGGAAUUUACAAUCAGGGAGUAGCAGGGCAGAAACCAAGCAGAGCUGGGACUUUUUCACCGUCUUUCGGACGCAGGCAGUCUAAGUCAUCCUUUAGUAUUCCUAGCCCAAGACUGACAAGCAGAGCAGAAGCCUGGACUCCUUCACAGGCAGGAGCAAGCGCGGAGUUUCAAGAAAUUGAUGAUCUGAAUCUCGAUGAGCCUGCCUCAGUACAUUCACCUUCUGCUGUUCAAAAGGCUGAAGAACCAGAAUCGAAAAUGGAUGAUCUAGAUCUCCCUGAUUUUGAGGUGGUUGAUAAAGGAGUUGAGGUUCAAGGGAAAGAGUGGACAGAUGGACAGUCUGAAGAAAAUUCUGACAAAAGAUCGGUCUCAGGCGAGGUUGUCAAGGAAGUUGUGCAUGAUCAGGUACAUCAAGCUAGACUGACAGAACUUGAAUUAAUUGCUCAACAGAUAAAAGCCCUUGAGUCUAUGAUGGAGGAUGAGAAAUCUGUCAGAAACGACGAAGAGACUGCCUCACAACAACUGGAUGCUGAUGAGGAAACAGUAACAAAGGACUUCUUGCAAUCGUUGGAGAUUGAUGAGGCUGAUGAAAUUCAGACAUUUCAUCAAGAAUAUCAGCAAGAGAAGCAGAAUAGGGCUGAUGAUGAAGAGGCUAACUCGAUGGUUUAUCUCCCAGAUCUUGGAAAGGGCUUGGGUUGCGUUGUCCAAACAAGAAAUGGAGGCUACUUGGCAGCAGCAAAUCCUCUGGAUACUUUGGUGGCGAGAAAAGAUACUCCAAAGCUUGCAAUGCAGAUAUCAAAACAACUGGUUCUUCGCGCAGAUCAAUCAAUGACUGGAUUUGAAAUAAUUCAAAGCCUGGCAGCCACUGGCACGGAAAAGCUUAGUUCAGAAAUCUUGUCUUUGAUGCCCAUGGAUGAGCUUUUAGGUAAAACAGCUGAGCAGAUAGCUUUUGAAGGAAUUGCUUCAGCAAUCAUCAGUGGGAGGAACAAAGAAGGUGCUAGCUCGACUGCAGCACGUACAAUUGCUGCAGUUAAAUCAAUGGCCACUGGAAUGAGCACUGGGAGGAAAGAAAGAAUUUCAACAGGCAUCUGGAAUGUUAAUGAGAACCCUGUUACAGUAGAUGAAAUCUUGGCUUUCUCAAUGCAAAAGAUAGAAAGCAUGGCACUUGAGGCUCUGAAAAUUCAGGCUGAGACAGCAGAAGAAGAGGCCCCCUUCGAUGUAUCUCCUCUAAAUGAAAAUGAUAACCUUCUAGCUUCCGCUGUUCCACUUGAAGACUGGAUAAAGGACAGCAGUGUGGAGACCUCCACUAAUGAGGACGGAGACUCAGAAACUAUCAUCAUCACGGUGGUUGUACAAAUGCGGGAUCCCAUCAGGCAGUAUGAGGCAGUGGGAGCUCCACUAUUAGUUCUGAUAUAUGCAACACGAGUUGAUGCAAAAACAGAUGGGUACGAGGAGGAAAAGAGGUUCAAAGUUGACAGUAUGCACAUCGCGUGCUUGAAAAUAAGAACCGGAGGAGGAAAGAAGAAUGCCUGGGAUAGUGAGAAGCAGAGGCUAACCUCAAUGCAAUGGCUGGUGGCCUAUGGCCUUAUGAAGGCGGCAAAGAAGGGAAAACGAGUCGUUUCAAAGGGACAAGACCUAUUCUGGAGCAUUUCCUCGAGGGUAAUGGCAGAUAUGUGGCUCAAACCAUUGAGGAACCCAGAUGUCAGAUUACCUAAUUAGUAAUCUUACAUCUUUUCAACAUUUUGGAAGUAUAAUUAUAUGUUUGAAUGUAUUAUAAGCCAUCAACACACCUCAUUCUGUCACCAAAUUCAUGAUGAUUCGGGAUCAUAUAGAGCUCGAGUCCUUGUAAUUUAUAUAGAUCAUAUGUUUUUUCCCUUGAA